AUGGAGGAUACAAACAAGCAACAGACAAAGAUGACCAUUGAGAUGUGUGAAAUUUCUGAACAGCUGGUUCCAUUAAUGCCAGCAAAGCUAUCAUCAGUCGUACUUCUUGAAUAUGACAAUGAUAGCAAUGACACGUGUGUGCCUACCACAUCUCGGGGAGCAACAGCCACAGACCCUCCACUAACACCUCUCAUUUACUCAGAGGCUGAAGCGAAUGAUGAUCACUCUGCUUCGUCUCAAGAGAAAGCCAGAAUUUCUGGUGGGAUACCUAAAAGUAGACGGCGACCAGGAUCUACCAGGGACAGCCAGUGUGUCACAAUGACCGGGACAGUGAAAACAGGGAACAGUGUGGGACAGCCGGUUGAGGUGCAGAUAGAAUUAACAGAGAAUGAAUUUCUGCGGUUGACAUCCCGAGAACCAGAAUCAAAAGGUGACCACAAGUACCAAUGCGGGCGGGCUCAGGGUCCGCACAUUAUUCUGUGGUCACUCUUGUGUAUACCCAUGGCUUUGGUUAUUUCUGCCUGUGUUUCCUUCUACAACGGCGCAGUCAUGUGGUACAAUGUGGUCACAUACUUCAGUGAGGAGAAAUCCUUUAUUCACAAAUUAACAGUGUGCCCACUGGUGAUUCUGUCAUUCCCUGUGACGGUAGGUUUGUCAGCUGUUGGCGUGGCUGUGACGGCUGCGGUCAUGCAGGUUUCAUGGUCCUGGCAUUGGUGGUGGGCAGAGAUCUGUGACGGGGAGAAAGGUUUCUAUGGGUGGGCGUGCAACAAGCUUCAGAUCCCAGCAUGUUCUCCUUACCAGGUUGUGGUGUUGAAUGAAUCCAGUGCAUGA